UCACCCAAGAAGCAGAAGAGGCCAGGGACAAACUGAAGCGUCAUAGAUCAAGCCGUCCAUCUCUCCAAUUCAAUUCAAUUCUCUCUGUGCCUCCACAAGAAUCGUUGGAACAAAGGGUAGAGAGCAAGAUGAGCCCUGCCUUGUCUGUCCUUUCCCUCCUCCUCCUCCUCCUCCUCCUCCUCCUGCAAACGGCCAUGGCCGUGGAGCUCCAGCCCGGUUACUACGCGGAGACGUGCCCGACAGCCGAAGCCGUGGUGAGGGAGGUGAUGAAGAAGGCCCUGAUCUGGGAGCCCCGGAGCGUCGCCUCCGUCAUGCGCUUCCAGUUCCACGACUGCUUUGUCAACGGUUGCGAUGGGUCUCUGCUUCUGGACGACACGCCCACCAUGGUCGGAGAGAAAGAGGCUCUGUCCAACAUCAACUCGCUGCGGUCGUUCGAAGUCAUCGACGAGGCCAAGGACGCGUUGGAGAGGGCCUGCCCCGGCGUCGUCUCCUGCGCCGACGUCGUCGUCAUGGCCGCCCGGGACGCGGUCGCCCUGACCGGUGGGCCGGAUUGGGAAGUGAAGCUGGGGAGGAUGGACAGCCUGACGGCCAGCCAGGAGGACUCAAACGACAUAAUGCCGAGCCCGAGGGCCAACGCGAGCUUCCUCAUCGAUCUCUUCGCCAGGUACAACCUCUCCAUCAGGGACCUGGUGGCCCUUUCCGGGUCUCACUCCAUCGGCCAGGCCCGGUGCUUCUCGAUCAUGUUCCGGCUCUACAACCAGUCGGGGACCGGCAAGCCCGACCCCGCAAUCAACCCGGGAUUCCGAGACAAGCUCUACGAGCUCUGCCCACGGGGCUGCGACGAGAACGUGACCGGAGAUCUGGACUCCACGCCACGGACGUUCGAUAACCAGUACUUCAAGGACUUGGUCGCGGGCAGAGGGUUCCUGAACUCGGACCAGACGUUGUUCACGUCUCCGCGGACGAGGGCGUACGUGAGGAAGUUCAGCAGAGACCAGGACGAGUUCUUCAGGGCUUUCAUCGAAGGGAUGAUAAAGAUGGGGGAUCUGGUGUCGGACCGGCCCGGCGAGAUCAGGAGGAACUGCAGGGUGGUGAACAGCCGGCCGGUGGACGUCUUGCUGGAAUCUUGAAUGAAGGGUUUGAUUAUGCAAUUUCGUUUCAUGACGAGAACAUUCGUAUAAAGAUUUGACCUGGCGAUGAAACAAACAGUUUCGCAAGCAGAGACACAAACAAGAAGUAGUCUGUAUGUUUUCUUGCAAUUAAUUGAAGACAAAGAAUCUGACUAAAAAGUGUUGCCAUUGCUGGAUUGAAAAGACAGAAUUGAUGCAAUUGGUAAGUUGACUACAGUGUCCGCUCCUUAUGAAAACAAACUCUACAACCAAUCUCAAUUCUGUCCCGAACUAUUUUUAUCUCGAAAAAAAUUCUAAACUUUAUGUACAGUUCCAAAUAUGUACCGAACUUUUUUUUAUUUAAAGAAAAUCACCAACUUUAACUCCGA